GCCCUUUUUUGUACUGUAUUUAUUCUGCGUAGUCCCUCAGACUAGACUGGGACUGGCUACAGAAGGACAAAACAGAGAGACAAGGAAGUCAUUGUUGCUUUUAGACAGGCAAGAAGGUAAAGCUUGGAGCUCAGAGAAAACAUUGAUGACAGAAGCAAACAUCCACCAUUACCAGCACAAGUCUGUAGUGUAGUUCAGGCAUGAGAGCAGUCAUGUUGCUAGUGUGAGCUCUUGGAAGAUUGCAUGGGACCCACUAUGGCAGUUCUGACAGGUGUGAAGCCUGGGACUGGACAAAGGGCAGAUGAAACCAGGCUGUCCUGGCCAGUUUUCCUGCUGACGCUAGCUGCUGUCACCUCCUCCUCUCUUUCAGCUUUGUCCCUCCACCAACUGAUAGCUCUCAGAGCUGAGGUAGAUGCACUCAAAUCAGAGGUCAUUCGCAGGAGAGAAGAGGGACACGAGGCCAAUUAUGGAGGCCAGGACUUAACUGUGUCUGCACAGACUGAGAAUAUCAGCAGCAGGAGAAACAGCCAAGAGCCCCUGCAACAAUCUACACCAAAAUAUGCUUUCACCCGAAUAAGGAGGAUAAGAUCUGUUACUGGAACCGACACACUAGUUUAUCAGCCGUGCCUGCAUUUGUUGGCAAAUGCUAGCAGGAAAACCUUCAGGAGAGAUCUGAUGUCACAGCCACGCACAGGCAUCCCCUGGCAGACUGGGCUGCAGAGAGGCUCUGCCCUGGAGGUAGCCGAAGACAAAAUACAUGUCAGAGAAGCAGGCUUCUACUUUGUGUACAGUCAGGUCUACUACAAGGACAGUACCUUUGCCAUGGGUCACGUCGUGAUCCGGUGGAAGAGGAACGUGGUAGGAAUCGAGACUCAGGAGGUGACCCUGUUCCGUUGCAUCCAGAAUAUGAACCCUGUCUACCCUUACAACACCUGCUACACAGGGGGUAUUGUGAAGCUGGAUGUUGGGGACCACUUGGAGCUGCUGAUCCCUCGCUCCACAGCCAACGUUUCCCUGGAUGGAGAUUCCUCCUUCCUGGGUGCUUUCAAGCUGAACUAAAGCGUGUCACCUCACUUUGGAACCCAGGGACGAUUUUGAGGAAGGAACUGUGCAAUGAGACACAGUUCUGGUAGCCUUGCCUGACUUUGUGUGUUGUCAGAACAAUACAGGAAGCAGUCAUUUCUGUACUGGCAUAAUGAUUGACGGCAUGAGUCCUAGCUAGUUUCGGCUUGUGGGGAUAUGAAGAGCGCUAUAAGUUGAUGGCACAUUCUUUGCUCUUAGGAAUACAUCUAUCUACAGCUGUAUUGUGUUCAUUUUUACCACACUUCAAAUCAGCAUAUUGUAGCAACUGUCUCUAUCAAUUGCUUUUUCUUCAAAUAAUCACAAACACAUGGUAAUGUCUGACUGUUUUGAUUAAUGCUCAUUACCCCUGUAGCAGCAACAACAUUACUGUUCUUCUAAAACAAUUUCUCUCAUACGCUUCAUCAUUUUACUUAUGUGAACAUAUAUCAUCUGAAUGCCAUAAAUCUGAUGUAAGUUUUUUUUCAGAUACAAUAAAGUGACAGUUCUUGAACAAGAGAUGACAUCA